GGUCGUUUGUGGGAUCGCCUUGAAUGUCGGCGUACAAGCGCGCGGGGCAGUUGGCUCUCGCCAGGGCUCCAGGAAGGAUGCGCGAUCGGGGGUGUGCGCUUCUCGAGACUGCCACCGGUUUUCUGCGUGCCGGCCGUUUUACGGCCUAUAACGCGGCACCAUAGCCACGGCCCAUUCAACGCAAAAAUCCUUACUUCGUGGUUUAUUUAUCCGUCCUGUGUGAAGAAGUGAUAUAUCGACGUGUAUUCGCAAGAAUAGGAAGAAAAAAGUAAUUGUUCGCGAGAGAAGCUUCAUCAGCGAGUGCGGCUCUCCACGACAAUCGGAAAUCGUUCGAUGUUUGUCGCUUCAUCCUGUGUACUUAACGUUUUUCUAAAAUUUAACCACGACGUUCGUCGAAACUCAACGUUUUCAAGGUUAGAAACGACGAUACCCUAAACACGACGGUGGUGCGCCUGGCAAUUUCACGACGCGCUUAGGUUAAGUGUCAUUCUUUUAGCCCCGGCACCGACAACGACACAUCGGAACGAAAGAGAUACGGUGUCGUGUUUAAUUGCUCCGAAGAUUUGUCCACGAAUGUCACGCGCGAGUGCAUUCUGAUCUCGUGAACGACCGAUAAAUGUCCAUUGACGCGAAGAAACGGAAACACGAAGAUCACUUUCGCCAUUGCAAGAGGUCAAAUUCAACGUAUUUGUGCGCGUUCUUUGGUGCACCGUGAAUAUUCGGGGGAAAAAAAAACAAGCUGGUCGGUACGAUCGAAGCGUUUCGGAAAAAAGGAGUAAUUUGUGAGCCCAUCGUUGUGUAGUUUUCUGUCACGAUUGCGUUACCGACUGAUAUAUACAACAUAUAUAUGUACACCGAGGCUGACUUUGAAUACGUUUUCUUUUUAACUAUGCAAGUUUUGAUACAUCGGAUAUCUUUUUAAUCGUCGGUAACGGGCUUGUAAUGGAGUUUGAUUAUAGCCAACCAGCUGUAAUAUUUUCAUUGAAUUUUCGAGUAUCGAGCGCACGGUUGUUUACUAUUGCUUGAUGCGCCAAAUAAGAGAAACCUGCAGGAAGCGUAUGCAUCUUGGCGAGAAAAAUCUGCGUCAGCGAAUCGUAGAGACCGGUACACGACGAUGUUUAACGGCUUGCAUGAUUUUCGUACUUAAUGGGAAAAAACCUAACCUCAACGGAACCAGUACAAAGCACUUAAAGCUGUGAAAUCGAAAUAUCUCGUCGCUCGAUCGUUGUCGAAGAAACGAGGAAAACGUAUGUCGUACGAUUAGUUUUCACGACGCCUUUUUCGAGCGACUGGGCAGUUCGUACUUAAAUUUCGAUCUCAGAAGAAAACACUGUGCCGGCGUUACCUGUUUAUUAGGAGUACACCGUGUUCAGUGGCGGAUAAUUUCUCAGUGAGUGUAUAACGAAUUAACGAACGCUUACUCGAAUAUUGUGGUAAUUCCCAUAGUCGCCGCGAAAGCAGCUGGAAACCGAAAUUUGUUGUGGCGGACACUGGGAUCGAUUGUUACGCAAAUUGCUUCCAGAAAACUUGUAUACAGUGCAACGCAUUGUCUCAAGAUUCCUCGAUGGAGAGUGCCGGCGGUGACAAGCAGAACGAGUCGGACGAGUGUGACGUGAUCGGUAACAAUCAGCAUCAGAACAAGAUGACGGGCCAGGAGGACAGCAACGUGAAGCUGAGCAAGGACUUGGGGAAACAGGAGACCUUGAAGAACCUGAAGAAUUUGGAGAACAUCGGUCAGAACGACGACGACGCCGCGAAUAAAUUAUCGAAGACAGUGUCCCAGGACGACGAGGACGACGAUGAGGACGAGUGCAAAGGCUCCAACGAGGAGCUCAAGGAAGAGAAAACCGAUGGGAAGAAGGACGAGGAGUCCUCCAGCAGUACAACGUCUACGAGCACCUCGGAUGACGAGUCCGAGACUAGUUCGGACGAUAAGACGGAAGCCUCGAAGACGGAGCAAACAAAGACGGUCGAGCCGGAAUCCAAGAAGGAGGAUCAGAGUAAAAACGACGACACCACCGACGACAGCGACAUCGAGGAUGACUUGAUCUCUGCCAUCAAUUACAACACGAUUACCUCAUUGGCUGCCCUUAAGGACAUGCUGCAGUCCUCCGGAGAGGACUCCGACGGCGUUGAUAGUUUCUUUCAUCAUUACUUCCUGUCCCACGUGAACAGGCUACCGUCGAGGAAUCAGACACACAGCCCUUAUCCUUGGGGUAGACGACUGUCCGAAUGCAGGGAAGAGGACGAAUACGAGACGGAGGAAGGAAAAAACACGGACACCCCGUCCAUCGCGAGCAUUCCCGAAGUGAAAAAUCCGGGGAAGGUCGAGGAAUCGGAAGAAAAGAACGACAGCGUAUCCUCGAAGGCCUCCAGCCCGUCAGCCUCGGAGAAAUCCAGCUCGGAGAAGAUAGAUCAGAAGUCCAACGCAACCUCGAGCAUCUCCGAGACGAAGAGUACGGUAGCGGUGUCUUCGACGCCAACCACAACCGCUCCAGCGACCACCACACCGACAACGACGUCCACAACAACGACAUCCAGAUUCACGACUUGCGCGGUGACCUCGCCAACAUCCACCACGAAGCCUCCUCUGAGGAGAAGGCACACCACCGGCCCUGGGAUGACUUUUCCAGCAACGGAUCCGCCAACCUACUCCAGCAGCAUGACCUUCUCGAGGACCAGUCCGCUUCCUAGUCCCCAUCUAGAUAAAAGGUUCUUCGACAGCAGUUUGAUAGAGAUGAAGAGCCAGGCGAGCAGCUCCAGCACCCUCGAUUACGACUCCACCGAGGAAGUCUGGAUACGCAGGGUCGAUUUCGUUCAGGAAAGGAAGAGGAAGGAACUCGGCUCGCAGCCUCUCCCUACAAUCGUAACCGAAGAUGCAGAUAAAUCAAACCAAGCUUCUCAGGAUGAAGGUCACAGACCUCGAGCAGGAACAUGGGGAUCGCACUCGAGGACUAUCAGGAAGCCAACCUCGGGAAGCGCUCCUGGCUCUGGAAAGUCAACACCUCUUCCGCAGCAACCGGAGCCUUCAUGUUCAUGGAGUUCGGGCAAGAGUGGGAAGAAAGCUUCAGGCACCCGAUCUGGGUCCACUAGUCGAAGUAAUAGUCGCAGCAACAGCGCUGAACGUAGAAGAAGCGGCGGAACUAUCGAUGAAACCGCCAGUCCCACAAGAAAACCUGCGCUCUUUGACGCCUUUAGGCCAAGGAGCAAGUCUGAUGCUAGUAAAAGGAAGCCCAGUCUUAUCGCGAAUAUGAAGAGCGCUGUGCAGCAUUCGUUGCAUAGAGGUUCGCAUGGAAGUUCGUCGACAGAUGUGCGUACAGACAAGGAUCAUCACAAAGAUGCUAAAGAGAACAAGGAUGGAAAGGAAACCAUGGGACGUCCGCGAGCUGGAUCGGAAAGCAGCAGGAAUCCUGUGAGCAAAGUUAUGAAUCUCAUCAGGCACAGAAGUCACAGUGCACUUAGUUCAGAGGACAAACGGAAAGCGAGAACCGCGGCUCAGCACCAGGCACAAAUAGCAGCGCAGGGAGCCAUCAGAAGAAGCUCCCUGGAUCCUGGCACAAGGAGAUUCUCUUUGGGCACACCUGCCAUACCUCAUCGAGCCUCUGAUGCCUGUUUAGAUCCUGUGCACGCCGCCAUUCUCUUCAGGGACGCUAGAGGGCUGCCUGUCGUAGAUCCUUUCCUGGAGAAAGUAUCGCUCUCUGAUCUUGAGGAGGACGAAUCACAGAUCUUCGUCAAGUUCUUCAAAUUUCACAAAUGUUACGACCUAAUACCUACCAGUGCCAAAUUGGUUGUUUUCGACACGCAUCUCCUUGUCAAGAAGGCCUUCUUCGCUCUUGUUUACAACGGUGUGAGAGCUGCACCACUAUGGGACAGUGCAAGACAAGAAUUUAUCGGGAUGUUAACUAUAACAGAUUUUAUAAAAAUUCUGCAGAUGUACUACACCAGCCCAUCUGUAACAAUGGAUGAAUUAGAAGAACACGAGUUAGAUACAUGGAGAAAAGUCUUGAAAGAUCAGGUGCAUCCAUUAGUGAGCAUCAGCCCAGAUGCAUCAUUGUAUGAGGCCAUUAAAACUUUAAUUCACAAUCGAAUUCAUCGUUUGCCUGUGAUAGACCCAGAUACUGGAAAUGUUCUCUAUAUCCUGACACACAAACGAAUACUUAGGUUCCUCUUCCUUUAUAUUCACGAGCUACCAAAACCAUCGUUCACAAAUAAAACAUUGAGAGAGUUAAGGAUAGGUUCGUUUGAUAAUAUAGAAACGGCGACGGAAGAAACUAGCAUAAUUUUAGCACUCAAGAAAUUUGUCGAAAGGAGAGUUUCAGCAUUACCAAUUAUCGAUGCCGAAGGAAAGUUGGUUAACAUAUAUUCGAAGUUUGAUGUUAUUAAUUUAGCUGCUGAAAAAACAUAUAACAACUUAGAUGUUUCAUUACGAGAAGCAAAUGAGCAUCGAAAUGAGUGGUUUGAAGGAGUUCAAAGUUGUAAAUUAGAUGAGACUCUGUUUACUGUUAUGGAAAGAAUUGUUAGGGCAGAGGUCCAUAGGCUAGUAGUGGUUGAUGAAGAUGAUAAAGUGAUUGGUAUAAUUUCUCUAUCCGAUUUACUCUUCUACCUCGUUCUUAGGCCUUGUGGUGAAGAUGGCAGUAGCAAUAAAAAUAGUUCUAUAUCGUUAAGAGCACAGGAUUCUGUAUCAAAGGCUCCGAGUUCUGUGCAGUCGGAAGCUUCUCUCCCUGAUGGUGAACAAGAAGCUGAACAAGAUGCAGCUGACGUAAACCAAUCCGAAGAGGCACCCGCGACACCUAGUCCACCGCUGAGUCCAGCAGCGUCAGAUAUUUCUGAACCUCAAUCUACUUUAGUAAACCAGUCUCAAGAACCUGCAUGGAGGGAAGUAACCGUGUCAGGGGGAGAAUGAGGCAAUAUCACCUUAACAUGCUAUUAGGCAUGAAAUUGUGACUGGUUUACUCACUGUAAAGUUCAAAUUUUGCAGUGCAACAGCAGCAAGUAACAAACGGAUAAGCAUGUGUUUUUCACCUAUUCUUAACGCUCGCGUUACCCAUGCUUAAGAAUUUAUGAAAAACAUAUGAAACAUUGUUGUAUGCUCGUUUACGUCAGAAAAGUAACGGUUACCGGAAGUAAAUAAAAUCUCGGCGAGUACGAGAAUGAUGAACGAAUUUCACUGGACGCGACAAACAAUAAUGCAAUGCUGUAUAAUGUAUAAAGUUGAGAAAGCUUAAUUUUUUUAUGGUACAAAUGCUACUCAACAUAAACGUUCGAGCUUCUUGCCAGGCACGAUCGCUACGCCAUUAACUGCUCAGGGUAUGAAUUCUCGACACCCUUUCUGCUACCGUAUACUGGGAAUGUUUCAAAAGAGUUUCAAGGAAACAAAUAGCUGUUUCGUCCUUUACAUUUAUAUAAUGCUGCUGUGCUCUUCUUACACUGAAACCUUGUAUUUUAAUUGAGAUCAAAGAUUAUGAAAUAACUUACUUUAUUUACCUGAAAUAGUUUAGAGAUGUGUCUGGAUGACACGAAACUUUGUAGUGGUAUAUCGAAGAGUGCUCCAUAAUUAAUAAAUAUGGACCCCGUUUUUACAGAGACCUUCCACGCUUUUCUCCGACAUAAACGAAUAUUACAGUUUUAAACAAAAGUCUCUAAAUAUGUAUAUCCUGUAUGCUUGUUUAUUAAAACAGCUUUUCGCCUGUGGAACUGUCGCAGUUAGAUGUUUGAACAUCAACAACUGAUGUGCAUAAUAAAUAAUUCAAUUUGAAACAAUUGCACAGCAUGCGAUACAGGAAAAGAAACAUGGUGCUUUUGAUUUUACAUGAACGACCGACUAUGAUUUAGCUAUCAAAUGAAAUUAGUGUGCGUGUAACAAAUAAUAAACAGUAAAAUAAUAAUUAAAAUGUUAAAAAAUUGUGUUAUCGUUCAAGCUUCUGUGCAUCUUCGAGAAAUAUUCAAGUACAGGAAGCCAUUACUUUACAUGAAUCUAACCUAUAAUCUGUCAUUGAAUUUAUACGUCAUUGUUUUAUGUAUUUCAUACAAUAUUGUUACAUAUUAAGUGACAGGCCUACAAAGCAUGGAAAAUGGAAACAACUUUUCCUUAUAUUGAAUACGUGCUGCCACCAAUCUUAAUCGAUGCUUUAAAUUUCUAGAAGUAUCAGCAGUACUUUAUUCAAGUUACUUACGAAACAGUUUGAUUUUGAACAUAUUCAUGUUACAUUUAUUAUAGAUUUGUGUGUAUAUAUAAUUUAAUUUAAUUGUACUUCUUUUAAAUACUUAUAUUUUGUUUGUAUCUGCUUUACGUGAGGUUUUUAGAAAUUAACUACUUUGCUGGCAAAUUUUCAUGUAGGAAAAAGAAACGGAAAUGGAAGUGUAAGGAACAUAUUGGCGUUUUUAUGUGAUCUCUGACCAAAUUCUGUACAUUACGUAAUUAUUUAUGACGGUAUAAUUGACGUCACGUAAAAUGUAAAAGGAAAGUUUUGUAAUUAAAUUUUACAUUAUUAUUAAUUUUUAUAGGUAUUAAUCGGAAGAAAAUAAUUUUGGAAACUACAUAGAUUGUUUAUCGUAAAUAUUUAUCAUGUCGAACCUAAGUUUUCAUCUAAUCUAUGUAAUCAUGUCAUAUGAACAGAGAAAGCACCCGUAUCGAAUUCUAUUUGAGAAGUGGACGAUAAUUGUGUAAAACGUAUACUCCACUCAACGUUGAUACUAUUUCAAUAACGAAUUACAAAAUGAAUGGCAGAAGGCAUUCCUGUACAAACGCGAUCAAUUAAAAGAAACUGUUUCGCCUCAAAACAGAUCUUUGUUCUACGCUUACUGCAUCAAAGAGAUGGAAUUAAGAAUUGUGCAGACAUCUGCAUGUUACAUCUAAAUGUGAAAAUUUGUAUAUAAAUGGCCUUUGUGCCAAGGAAUGUAUUUUCCUUUUUGGCGCGAAGUUCCAUUUUCUCUGUAGAAAUAUGGGUAAAACCACCACUUGAUCUUGAAGGGGACAGUGCCUGUAAUUUAGUAAAUUUAUUCCUAGGUACGUUUUACGAGGAUAAGAAUAAAUAUUCCAUUUCAGAUGUAAGCGCAGUCAGGAUAAAGCAUGUUUGCAUUAGUAUUAAUUAACAAGAGGCGUAGUGGACAAUGAUUUUUGUACAGCUGAAAGAAUAUAGUCGAAUAAGAUUUAGUGUGCUGUAGCUGCGAACAUUAUAUUUCCUUUUAGUACAAAAUGCGUUUCAACUUUGCGAGUUGUCACGUUCACUUUUUCUAGUUUUUAGACGUAAAAAAAAAAUUACAGUAGCCUACAUCCUGCAGCGCACCCGAUUUCAAUAUCACAAUUGUAUCGAAAGCACAAUUUAAAUAACCCUGACAGAAAACAGACAGCGGUAGUUAUUGUACUUGAGAAACCAUUGCACUCGGCGUACGCUGCAUUUGCGAACCAAAACAAUAUAUAGACAAGGUAUUAAGAAUAAAUUGUACAAUAAAGAAUUAAUCGAAUAAUUAGGCAGUACACUUAGUCGCGUUUCAGUACUGUAUAUUCAGGGCAAAAACGAUUAGCGUAUUAUUCAUGUCCCUCAUAUAUGUAAGUUACAAAUGAAAAACGAAUUGCUGAUUGACAAAAUACAUCGUAACAGAAACAUUUUACUUUAUUGUUC